AUGGGAUGCUUCAAACUCCCAAGCGGCCUAUGCCAGCACAUUGUGUCUAUGACCAAUAGAUUCUAUUGGGGCUCAAAAAAGGGAGAAAGGAAGAUUCAUUGGAUAAAAUGGGACAAGAUGUGCCUACCAAAACAGUGCGGAGGACUGGAAUUCAGAGAUAUCGAAGCUUUCAAUAUGGCGCUUCUUGCAAAACAAGGAUGGAGAUUGAUCAGGAACCCAGAUUCGUUAGUAGCCAAAACCAUAGGAUGCAAGUACUUUAAUAGAAAGAGUUUUCUAAGCUCGAAAAUUGGUUUCACACCAAGCUAUACUUGGAGGAGCAUUUGGCAAGCAAAAGGAGUGUUGGAAAGGGGAGGUUGUUGGAAAGUUGGAAAUGGAAACAACAUCAAGAUAUGGAAGGACCCCUGGUUGCCAAAACAAAAUGGAUCAAAAGUCUGGUCCCCUCCAAAGAUUCUUGAAGCAGAUGCAACAAUUGCAGAGCUGAUGACAACAGAUGACAAAGAAUGGAAUAGAAGGCUAAUAAACCAGAUUUUCCUAAAUUUUGAAGUAAAGCAGAUUAUCAAAAUUCCUAUUCCCAGAUCAGAUCAACCAGACAGGUUUAUUUGGAAGAAAGCUAGAGAUGGAAAUUUCAGAGUCAAACUGGCCUAUCAUGAAAUAAAAAUCCAAAACAGGAACCAACCAUACAAUUCAAGCAUAGACCAAGAGGAAGAAAAUACCUGGAAGCAACUAUGA